AUGGCGCCGUUCUAUCCGCGUGUCCACAGAAACAACCGAAGAAGAAGAAGAAGACUCCGACUCUGGUGUGUGAUGAUGGAGGGUCCGUCCUCUCGAGUCCUCUCCACCCCGGACAGACCGCCGUGUCCCCCGGGCAGGAGAGACUCCGGCGGGGUCGCAGAGAGUGAGUCUGCCCGGGACAUAAAGACACACUUCCGAGUGUGUCGCUUCAUCAUGGAGACAGGUGUGAAGCUGUGUAUGCGCUCUGUUCCCGUGGCCACAGCGUGCGUGUUGUAUCACCGUUUCUUUGAACGAGCGGGCCUGCGGGAUUAUGAACCGUACCUGGUGGCCAUGAGCUGUCUGUACCUGGCCGGGAAGGUGGAGGAGCAGCACAUCAGGACCCGUGACAUCAUCAACGUGAGCCACAGGUAUUUUAACAGCAGCAGCUCUCCGCUCGAAUGUGACAAGGAGUUCUGGGACCUGAGGGACAGCGUGGUGCAGUGUGAGCUCCUCAUCCUCCGACAGCUCAACUUCCACGUCUGCUUUGAACACCCGCACAAGUACCUGCUGCACUACCUGCUCUCUGUGAAGUCGCUUGUGAACCGUCACGCUUGGUCUCGGACCCCCGUCGCUGAGACUUCCUGGGCGUUGCUUAGAGACUGUUACCACGGAGGCAUGUGCAUCCGCCACAUACCCCAACACAUCGCCAUAGCGACACUGUACCUCGCUCUAAACAGCUAUGGAGUGGAGCUUCCUGUCGGGGAGAGAGAGUGGUGGCAGGUGCUGUGCGAGGACGUGACCAAAGCCGACAUCGACGCUGUGAUCUCAGACCUUCUGCAGCUCUAUGACAUGGAGGCCAAGUGUAUCUGAAGGACACACACACACACACACACACACACACACACACACACACACACACACAGGACACAAAGGACAGCUGUU